UCCAUGCGCACAGCACAGGGCGACCGGAUAACUGUCCACUUGUUGCGCCCCUAUAUUGAUUAAGACCGCAUGAGCCGCCACGAGCGAAGGGAGAUCAAACAUUGAGACGCACAUGGCUCGAUGACAUGAUGUUCCUGCCCUUCUCCCCUCUCCCCUCCUUGGCUCUCCCUUUUCUCCUACUUCUCCUCACUUUCCUCCCUCCUUCCCUCCUUUCCCCUUCCCUCUCUCAUUCCCCUCUGAGCUGGACCUCACCCCAUGACCCCUGCUACCACUUGGAUGGGCGUCCGCGACACUGCCUGUCGGAAUUCAUCAAUGCCGCCCACGGUGUCCCUGUCAGUACCGCCCACUCCCUCCGAGGACCCCCCGACCAGAGAGCUGUUAACGUCAGCUCCCUCACAGACCUCCACAACCCCCACAACUUGACUUGCUGGACGGCCCAGGCGGGAGGCCUCGCCAGCGGGGACUGGGUCCUCACCCUUCCCCUGGGCCGACGCUUCGAGGUCACCUACAUCAGCCUGCAGUUCUGCCAGCAGGGGGAGCCGUCAGACCCCGUCUCCUUAUCCGUGCUCAAGUCCAUGGACCACGGGCGCACCUGGAGGCCCAUGCAGCACUACUCCAGCGACUGCCCCGGGAAGUUUGGGCUCCAGGCCCAGACGGUAGCCCAGACCAGGCACCAGGAGACGGAGCCUCUGUGCUCAGACCCCCGGCCCCUGCAGAGGCACCGGGGAGGCAUGUUAUUGGCCUUCUCCACCCUAGAUGGAAGACCCUCCUCUCCAGACUUUGACUACAGCCCCACCCUGCAGGACUGGGUGACAGCCACGGACAUACGGUUAGUGUUCCACGAGGUGACCCAGUCCCAGCAGACCAAGGUGGGGAGUUCAGAGGGGACAAGUGGUGAGGUCGGUUGGGGGGAGGGAGCGGGUGGGGGGGUUCUGAGGUGGAGGGCAGGGUCGAAGAACGAGGCUGUGGUGGGACAGGUGGAUAAGGUGAAUGGGGACAACAAUAAAUGGGGGGUUGUGGAGAAGGAGAGAAGAAAGACAGAAAAACGAAGGAGGAACGGAGGAGGAUACAACAAAGGGUCGGGGGAUCGGGGAGAGGACGGACACAACGUUACCCGGAAGGAGGCAGAAGGAGACACUAUGGAAAUAGACAUCUCCAAAAGAAGAAACGGAAAAAGGAAAGGGCGUGGCCGAGAGAGGGAGGGGGGCCACCAUUGGAGUCCGUGUCAGGAAGGCAGCAUCUGUGAUUGGACAAUCGACAGCAAGCAGGGGAGAAUCAACGAGGGGCGGGAACUUCGGAGGAGGAGGAACAACCAACAGAACUCUAAAGUGAGAGCGAAUCGGAAUCUUGAGCUGGCUCCUCCCUCUCCAUUGAUCUCCGCCCCCCCUGUCCGGCCCGCUCUGGCCCUUUCCGACCUGCAGGUGGGGGGCAGGUGUAAGUGUAACGGACAUGCCUCUCGGUGUCGUCGUGAUGAUGUGGGCCGGGCGGUGUGUGUGUGUGAGCACCACACAGCAGGGGCGGACUGCGAUGUUUGUGAGGACUACUACUACGACAGACCCUGGCAACGAGCCACGCCUAGUCAGCCACAACCGUGCGUCUUGUGUGAGUGUAACGGCCACUCCUCGAAGUGUCGGUUCAGCAUGGAGGUGUUCCAGCAGUCGGGCCGGCGCAGCGGGGGGGUAUGUCUGAAGUGUCGGCAUCACACAGCGGGGCGCCACUGCCAAUACUGCCAGAACGGAUACACCCGAGACCACAGCAAGCCCCCCACCCAUCGCAAGACCUGCCAACCAUGUCAGUGUCACCCUAUGGGUGCUGUGGGUCUCUGGUGUAACCAGACAUCGGGACAGUGUCUGUGUCGGGAUGGCGUGAUGGGACUGAGAUGCAACCGUUGCGCCCCUGGUUACAAACAGGGGCACUCCCCACUCCGCCCCUGCAUCCGAAUCCAGGAGGUAGCCCCCACAACACCUGUAUACCAGCCCCAGUACAGUAUAGCUGAAGAGUGUUUAUCGUACUGCCUGCCAUCGCAGGUUAAAGUGAGGAUGAACCUGGAGACGUACUGUCUAAAGGACUAUGUACUGAAGUUGCAGGUCAGAGGGAUGGAGCGUUCGGGCCCCUGGUGGCAGUUUUCUAUCUGGAUUCAGACUGUGUUUCGUACAGGAUCUUCCUCCAGUGUGCGUAGGGGCCCGCAGGCCCUGUGGGUUCCCGACCGCGACCUGGGCUGUGGCUGCCCCACCCUCCAGGUGGGCCGCACCUUCCUGCUGAUUGGGGCCGAGGAGGGGGGCCGGGGCCCCGAGGAGAGACGACUGGUGGCCGAUAGAUCCACACUGGCCCUCCAGUGGAGGGAGCACUGGAACCCCAAACUGAGAGGGUUCAGGGGGCAGGACAAGAGGGGCCGCUGCCCCACGGGUGGGGACCCCCACAGGGGCCACUUGAAGCACCAUCACUCAGAGUAUACACCACCUCACCUAGUGGUUGAGAAAGAGACAGUGGUUGAGGUGCACCCUGAACAUACAAACCCACACACACAUUCACAUCCACACACACCCUCAGAAUCCAUGAAAGACAUGGAAGAGGAGGCAGAGCACUCUGUGGCGCUGGACACACACACUCACACACAGUCCUCCUCACAUCACAGACCUGAGACCCCACAGGAACAGCAACAGGAACAGACUCUGUCUCCCUCCACGCCCAUUCUCAUGUGUUCCACCCCUGUCUGAAACACAGGAGGAAGAAGAGAGCGAAAGAACAAGGGGUGAAGAGAAGAAUAAAUCUGGCCAAAAUGGCCUUAAUCUUCACCUGGCACAGCCAGAAGAGGACUGGCCACCUCUCAGAGCCUGGUUCCUGCCUUUCUAGGGAGUUUUUCCUAGCCACUGUGCUUCUACAUCUGCAUUGCUUGCUCUUUGGUGUUUUAGGCUGGGUUUCUGUAUAAGCACUUUGUGACAACUGCUGAUGUAAAAAGGGCUUUAUAAAGUACAUUUAUAAAAUAAAUGAAUCCACAUGUGGAUUUAAUAAAAAGUGUCAAAAAGA